CCCGCGGUGGCGCGCGGCCACGGUGCCCAGUGGUGAGCGCGCGCCUGCCAGUAUGGGGUGUGCUUCUGGUGUCUGCCGGCGCGAGCGCUCGUUUCUGGUCUGCUGCCCGAAGCGAUGAAGACGCGCGGCCGCGGCUACUUUUGCCGCUGCUCUUGGAAUUGGAUCACUUGGACGCUUUGUGCAGUGCUGACGUCAGUAAGUGAGAGUGUCGCGCCCCCAGAUAGUCUGACACUGGUGUGGCUUACUAAUUCUUCACUCACUUGCAACGACGGAUCUCCUGCAGGGUAUUAUUUACGACGAGGUUCUAACAAUGAACAUUGGGUGGUGUAUCUAGAAGGCGGAGGAUAUUGCUGGGACACGCUCUCGUGCCGUGCUCGGUGGCGCCGUAGACCAGCGCUGAUGUCGUCAACGCGGUGGCCACGACAGCGACGUGCUCCGGCGCUACUGUCCUCCGACGCAGUUGCCAACCCCCUGUGGCACGCUUCAAACCAUGUGUUGCUGCCAUACUGUUCAAGUGACAUGUGGGUCGGCACCAGAAAUACCCCACAUCCUGCCUCAGGAUUUGCUUUUAACGGGAGACUUAUCGUGCGCGCGGUAUUGACGGAUCUGUUACGCGCUGGACUUAAAGGCCGUCUUUUGUUAGUCGGUUCGAGUGCUGGAGGAGCAGGGGUCAUGCUCCAUGCUGAUAUAGCGCGACGGGCGUUGCGCUCGCGAGCUGUGCGUGUCGCAGCAAUUGCGGACUCCGGCUGGUUCUUGGAUCGACCAGCUCGGGACAGACGCGUCCCUGCAGCAACAGUGGCCCGACUCGGACAUUCUUUGUGGCGUGGAAGUCCGCCAACUUCGUGCGUCCGCGACUAUCCGACGGAACCAUGGCUGUGCUACUUUGGAUACAGAUUGUAUCCACACGUGCGUACACCGUUAUUUGUGUUUCAAUAUUUGUUUGAUUCAGCACAAUUGGCAGCUGAGGGGGUGCGCACACCAAGAACGCGAAUUCAGUGGGAUGCAGUACAUGCGACGGGUGCCGCAUUACGUGUGAGUCUCGGUCCUGUGCGUGCGGUAUUUGCACCCGCUUGCCUUGCACAUGGUUCACUUGCAAGGCCAGAAUGGCUCGCUAUAAACGUGUCAGGAGUUUCAUUACCACGUGCUUUGGCCUGUUGGGAAAGAAGGUUAGAACGCAGCGGCAAUUCUCGACAAACACGCGGUGGUUGUGCGCCGCGACGUCUAGUAGAAAGGUGCUCGUGGCCGCAGUGCAAUGCUUCGUGUCCACGCUUGCGAGAUCCGCGCACGGGCGAAGAGGUGGCGCUAGCGGCACUACUGCAGAGUUUCGGACUGGACGUGCGCGGCGCCGCGGCCGAGAUGGGACUCGACGCACGCGCGCUCUCUCGCAUGAGCCGCGCGGAGUUACUUCCACUUCUAGCGCCACAUUCAUGACGCUAUUUUUUUAUGGACUUAUGCUAUAUUUGGCAUGUUGUAUCUACCUCGUUUUUGUUGCGCAAGUACAAGUAUUAGUAUGUUAUUUAGGUUUAGACGUUUAGAUAUUUAUUGUUCGGCUUCCUGCUGUAAUAUUUGUGUUAAGUAAAGAGUCGAUUACGUA